GCUCACUUAGCUCUGUCCCUCAGUACCGGGCACCCACCCCACACAGGAGCAAUGGCGGCCGCUCAGCCUCUAUAUGAACUAAGCGAACUACAGGGUUUCAAUGAAUCAAUUGGUAACUUUGUAGAAGGCAAUUUUUUGUCUGUUGAACAGAUCCAUGGCUGCUUGAAGCAUGAAGAGAAUUAUUUAUAUGAAGAAAGGAAGAAGAUGAUUACUUACAUUGAAAGAACAAUUCCGGACCAAUUCCUGCAGUUGGGAAUAACCUUCCCAGUCACGAGGCUGCAGCACGUCACUACUGAAACUCCCACGAGGCAAAUUGUGCAGUCGGGAUAUUUCUGUGCCGGAGACCAAUCUAGAUUGCCAUGGAGCCACCCCAAUGCCAAAUUGUUAUACUGGAGCGUGGAGAUCCUCAAGGAGCAGAUAGAGGAGCUACGUCAGGAGGCUUUCCAAGCUCUUCAGGCAAUGGUCCCACCACACAAUGCCGAAGUAUACGAAGAAGACUUCAACUGCCAGUUUGCCGACUCUCCUGCAUUUAAAUCUGCUUCUCGUUAUGGAAACUUCAAGUUCUCAUUGCCCCUAUCAGAUCUCCUCUCUGAGUAUAAGAAGCGGCAGUGCCAGGGUGCUGAGCCGGAGUUCAGGGUGCUGGGCACUGCCAUGUACAAACAGGAGAUUGCUCAUAUUGUAUUAGUGCACGGCCCUCUGGCUACUGAAUUCAGUGACCUGCCCUCUGUGCCCAUUGUUGGGGGAAAUGCCAACCCCUUACCGUUUGUCUUCCGCUCCCAAGAAGAUGGAAAGUUGUAUUGGAGCCCUGAGUCUACAGCCGACGUCUUAAAAAUGAGAAUCUUUGAAAACCAGUGCCGUGUGCGGGAAUGUCCUCUGAGUUGCCCUUAUUAUGUUCAUGGGACUUGUUUCCACUAUAGAGACACCUACAGUAUUUGGAACCAUCUGAUAUUCAUUUUCCACCUGCCUGGGAAUGAGCCCCUGAGGAUCCCUAGGGAGAAGCUGCUGGAAAGUCUCUCUGCCUGUGAUAUUCUGGAGCCGUAUCUCAGAGAAGAAGAAACGAGACUCACACGACAAGAAGCCCAAUAUAAAAUCAGAAGCCUGAAGGUAAGAGGAGCUCCCCCAAAGCUACAUGUCUGUUUCACUGGUACUUUGUCACUUUCACCCUCUUCUUUGCCCUUCUCUUGGGAUCCUGUACUUUUUUUGCAACUUCUACUUUCUGCUCAUCCUUCCAUUGUUACUAUUCUCCCCCACCCGUGCCCUUUCCCCUCUCCUCAUUCCUCUUCCCUAUGUGCCGUAGCCUCCCUCCUUCCCCCAAUGCAAUUCCAUUCCCCCCCCUCCCUUCUCUUGUGUUUUCUCGCUCCCUCCCGGGAAGGGGUCAGUAGAAUGACUUGUUGGGGAGUCAAAGCUCCUGUUUGGGAGACACAAAAAUGGGCAAAAAGGUAGAGGAGAUAAUGAAUUCCCCUGGUUUCUUGAAGACAAUGUUUUGGGUAAAAAAUGUUUAAUAGAAGGAGGAGACUGUACAUUUUAUCUCUUUUAUCUCAUUCCAUGGUUGUAUAACUAUGAAGAUUUCCAUACAUCCAGGUGAGGGUAUAUCUAGUGUAGGUAAAUCCAGAGAAACUGGACUCGCUGAGUAAUCAUUGAAGACGUUUCACUUCUCAUCCGAGCAGCUUCUUCUGUCCAACUUUAUUUCAUGGUUAUUUUUGAUAAUUAAAUUUCUUUCUGUAUCUCAAACUUCCCAGAAGAUUCUCAUGCAUUAUAUUCUAUUAUCUUCCAUUUGUUCCAAGGCAGAACCAGUAGAGAGGAAGAUACUGAACCCCUGGAAUGGCAGCGAGCCCCCUUGUUGAGCAGAAAUGAUCAUCAAUAAUAAUCAUGAAGUCUGAGCCUGAAGUUGUUCUACAUUGUUGAAAGAAA